AUGUUCCCCUCGCAGCCGAUGUUCACGGACGUGGAGGUAUGGGAGGAACACCACGACCACGACGCCUCCGUCAACUGUUACAUAGGCGGGGUUAUCUACAUCUGCACGUUAGCGGCAUCUGUCGGGUGCUUUUGUUUCGAUAAGAAGCGGUCUGCGCGGCCCCCGACGAUCGCACACCAGGCAUCAACAACAUCCUUCUUGGACUACACCCCAGAGAAUGUCCCCAGUCCAGGAGAAGACGAAGGAGCCGCGAUUCUGCCGAGGGGGGUAGCUGUGGACGGAUCGAAAGUGGCGGUGGGCCGCCCGAAGCUGCAGCUGUCCACCGAGUUGUUGCCAGAAGAGGCUCUGGAGAGGUCAAAAGUGGGGAACCCAUUCGAGAAGAAGAAGUGCGAAAAGCCCGGCGACAUCAUGUUUACGGAGGUACACGAGCUCGCCGCUGCGAUCCGAUCCGGCGAGUACACGUGGGAGGAGCUGAGCGUUGACGACGCCGACAUCCGGCUCAAGUGGGCGGGGAUGUUCCACCGCAGAAAGAGAAACCCGGGCACCUUCAUGAUGCGCGUAAAGAUCCCGAACGGCAUCAUGACCACGGAGCAGCUGAGGUUCUGCGCCGACGCCGUGGGCAAGUACGACCCCUCGGUCGGCGUGCUGGACAUCACCACUAGAAUGGCGCUGCAGCUGCGAGGCGUCACGCUGGAAGACGCGUCCGGGGUGAUCGACAACCUCUACGACCUCGGCCUCACCUCCCUCAUGACCGGGAUGGACAACGUGCGCAACAUGGUGGGCAGCCCCAUCGCCGGCCUGGACCCGCUGGAGAUGGUCGACACGCGGCAGCUCUGUAACGAAAUCAACGACAUGAUCACCGACAACCGCAAGGGCAACCCCGCCCUCACUAACCUCCCGCGCAAGAUCAACAUCGCCAUCUCCGGCGGCCGCGACGACUACGCGCACACCAUGAUCAAUGACAUCGGGCUGCAGCCCCACGCGCACCCUGAAACCGGCGAGAUCGGCUUCAACGUGGUGGUAGGGGGCUUCUUCUCUGUGAGACGGGCGGCGGAGAGCAUCCCCCUCGACAUGUGGAUCAAGCAGAACGACACCGUCGCCUUCUGCAAGGGCAUGCUGUUGGCCUUCCGCAACCUGGGAUCGCGCAAGAAGCGCCAGGAGGCUCGCCUGAUGUUCAUGAUCGAGGAGAUGGGCAUGGAGAAGUUCCGCGAGACCGUCGUGGAGUACGUCAAGGGCGUGGACUCGGCGUUCGAGCCCCAGCCUGCGGCUCCCGCCCCGGAGGAGGCGUUCUCUAGGAGAAACUACGUCGGGGUGCACCCCCAGAAGCAGGAGGGGAAGUCGUGGGUGUGCGUCACCACGCCCGCCGGUCGCUUGAUGGCGGAAGAUGCGCGUAUGGCGGCCGACGUAGCGGAUGAGUACUGCGACGGGGAGAUUCGGCUCACGGUGGACGAGAAGCUCCUGUUCCCUAACGUGGACACGGACAAGUUGCCGGAGAUGACCAAGAUGCCGUUUUUCGAGAAGUUCCCGGUGGACAAGAAGCCGACGAUCACGUCUGGCGUGGUGUCAUGCACGGGGUCCCAGUACUGCGGCCUGGGCCUGGUAGAGACCAAGAACAGAGCGGUGGACUAUGCGGGCAAGCUGGAUGCGAUGCUGGACUUCCCCGAGGGAACCAAGCCGCCCCGUAUCCACUGGACGGGAUGCCCCAACAGCUGUGGCCAGGCGCAGGUGGGCGACAUCGGCCUGAUGGGUGGGCCGGCCAGGGUGAACAAGAAGGCGGUCGAGGGCGUGAACGUGUUCUUGGGGGGAGGCAUCGGCGAGACCCACGGGCUGGGAGAGAUCGCGAUGAAGGGCAUCCCCGCGGCGGAGGAAUCUCUGCUCCCGGUUCUUCGAGACCUCUGCAUCGAAAAGUUCGGGGCGGUGCUUAAAGAAGAGUCUUGAGUUUGUUUAGUCAUCUUUUUUUAGGGGAGGGGGGGGGCAGCGAUAGAGAGAGGAAAGGAUUUUUGGCGCGCAGAGACGAUGCCGGAGUUGCAUUCGCCAGGAUUUGUGAUAAAAUAUACUUGGGGGGUGACAACUGGGUGCCACAACGCCGGCUUUCUCUCCUUCCUCUUCACGGUGCCUGUUAUUUCCUCGACUGUAUCAUGUCUUGCGGUGGGUUGCUUGGGUCUAAUGCUGACACGGAAGCGAGGCGGCCGUUUCGCUCCCUCCUCCAGACGGAGUAGAAGCUCCUUGAGGUCCUCGAGGUCCUUGAGGUGCGGACGGAAAGCUCCUUGAGGUCCUUGAGGUGCGGACGGAAAGCUCCUUGAGGUCUUGAGGUGCGGACGGAAAGCUCCUUGAGGUCUUGAGGUGCGGACGGAAAGCACCAGCCCCCGUCGGAAGCUGCCCCCCACCCCCUGGAAAGUGUCUGCCACAGAGAGCCAAGUAGUCACGGCAGUAGAACAGGGAAGGCCAAUUGCUCGACGCUCUUGCGCAGCGCGCACCAAGCCAGCUAGUGGAGUUGUUGGUCUUGGUCUCUUCUCCGUUUGGGAAGGAAGAAAAUGGAGCGAGAGGACGCCGGUAAAUAUCCCGUUCCGUAGCUUGGGUGGGGUGCCCAGGCUGGGUCUACCAGGUAGGGUGACCGGAGGUAGGAAAAUCGAACCUUGGUUUGACGAACGAGCCAUCGCCAGCUCUGUUGUCAUUCCCAUUGUAACCUGCAAUCAAUCGAUGUGUUCUACAUACACCCUUGAGGGAUUUCGCUUGGUCGCCUCUUGUCUUGAUUCGUAGCGCAUUUCUUCGCUUUCCUCGUCACCUGUUUUCAAAUGCGUUGAUGUACCAGAGGGGAAGAAGGGAUGACGAAUAUUUACAACAUCGGUGUACGUUCCUUCCUCGGGUUGUAUCCUCCCCGCUGAGGCUCGCAGCGACACGAAAGAAAGUGGAGUUGGUCAUGGGACGGUUUUUCCUGAAUGGGGGAGAUGGUAGCGUAACGAAGGCCUUAACACCGCCGGUGAAUUUUUCCCCUCUCCUGGUUUGCGGCCGUGUUUCCGUCGUUGGAUUGAUUGCCCUCUCCUCGCUAAGCCGUUUUUCAUGAUCGUUAAUAGAGCCACGACCGCAGCCGCCGGUGUGGUGCCUCUAAGCAGCUCUCUCUCUCUCUCUGGCAAUUCGAUGCGGUUUGGGACGAGCGGCGGGCGUACUACAGGGAGGGGGCAUUGCUUGGGCACAGAGGACGCGCUGCAGUUGUACCACGUUGCGUUGAGUUUUUACUCUUUGCUGGCUCCUUCAGCCAAGGAAAGUUUCAUGUCGAACAAGCGUUUGUUGCGCUUCGUAGAGUCUUUUUUGGAGUUGUGUUUGAGUGGCGCUUGCAAUCGUAAUGUUAUUUUUCGGACUGUUUAUUUUGGGAGAAAACGUGUCCGUAUUAUGACGGUGGCUGAGAUGCGGGGAGCUCCGGCCCUCUCGAACCA